AAUUAUGAUCGAACAAUCGAUAUCCACCAUCACUGAAAACAAAUAUAUCACUUUCCAAAACGACAUGUCGUUCUCAAAACAAAACCCUCUCUUCAUCACUUCCACACUAUUAUUCUCUCUAAUUUUUCUGCAUGCAGCCACAGCCACCGAUCCUCUCUUCCAUUUCUGCUUCAACAAAGAAAAUUUCACAUCCAAUAGCCCUUUCGCCGCCAACUUAAACGAACUCCUCAAUAACCGUUUGCCCAUCAAAGUACCUCCUACCGGUUUCGGGGUCAGCUCAACCGGUCAAGGUGGCGGCAAUGGCAAUGACAGCAGCCAAGUCAACGGGCUCGGCCUCUGCCGCGGUGACGUCUCAACAGAAAACUGUAAAACCUGCGUUGUUGAAGCCGCCAAAGAGCUUCAACAACGUUGUCCUUACAAUAAAGGAGCCGUUGUAUGGUACGACAAUUGCCUCUUGAAGUACUCAGACGACAACUUCUUUGGUCAAAUCGAUAACAGUAACAGGUUCUACAUGUGGAACGUUCAAGACGUGGAUAACGCUGAGUCGUUUAAUCCCAAGGUGAAGGAACUGCUGAGUGGUUUGUCGUAUAAAGCUUCAAGAACUUCAAAGUUGUAUGCCACGGGUGACAUGGAUCUCGGGUCGGGUCCCGACCCAAAGCUUUAUGGGUUGGUUCAGUGUACUCGGGAUCUUAAUGGGAUGGAUUGUCAAAAGUGUCUUGAUGAUGCAAUAAGCAACCUUCCGAACUGUUGUACUGGAAAAAGAGGAGGUCGUGUUGUUGGUGGUAGUUGCUAUGUGAGAUAUGAGCUUUACUCUAUUGUUGAUGCUUAAUUAGUUUAUUAUUAAGGUUAACCUAUUAAGUUUUAUAAUCACACCAUAUUAUGUAUUGGUUUAAUAAAUAUAUAAUUAAGUAUUAAUUAGUACCUAA